AUAAGCUGCCAGCUUGGUAGAAAUUUGUUCUGGCGCCGUGAUACUUUAUUAAUUUCUAAUACACUAAUGUUACGAAUAAAGUUGAAGUACAUAUCUUUUUGUUAAGGAUCACGAUGAUUCAUAGUUUAUUCAUUAUUAACCCCUCUGGGGAUGUUUUCCUUGAAAAGCAUUGGCGUAGCGUAAUUCCAAGAUCUGUGUGCGACUACUAUUUGGAAGCUCAACGAGCCUCGCCUAAUGAUGUGCCUCCAGUUCUGGCAGCGCCCCAUCACUACCUUAUCUCCAUUCAGCGAGGUGGCGUGGCUCUUGUGGCAGUUUGCCAGCAGGAGGUGGCACCGCUCUUUGUCAUUGAGUUCCUACACAGGGUUGUAGACACUUUCCAGGACUACUUUUCUGAUUGCACAGAGACUAUAAUCAAAGAAAAUUAUGUUGUUGUGUACGAGCUUCUUGAUGAAAUGUUGGAUAAUGGGUUCCCUCUGGCAACUGAAAGCAAUAUUCUGAAAGAAUUGAUCAAGCCACCAAAUAUUUUGAGGACUAUAGCCAAUACAGUUACAGGAAAAUCCAACGUUUCGUCGAUCCUACCAUCCGGCCAGUUGUCCAACGUGCCGUGGCGUCGGUCUGGCGUGAAGUACGCCAACAACGAGGCUUACUUCGACGUCGUCGAGGAGGUGGACGCCAUCAUAGACAAGAGUGGCGCCACCGUCUCCGCUGAGAUACAAGGCUAUAUUGACUGCUGCAUCAAAUUAAGUGGCAUGCCCGAUUUGACGCUCACUUUCGUAAACCCGCGCCUGUUCGAUGACGUCUCGUUUCACCCUUGCGUGAGAUUUAAACGAUGGGAGUCUGAAAGAAUCUUAUCGUUCAUCCCUCCGGACGGCAACUUCCGUCUGAUGUCGUACCACAUCGGGUCCCAGAGUGUGGUGGCCAUACCCAUAUACGUGCGGCACAACUUGAUGCUUCGCUCCAACGGGGACCACGGGCGGCUCGACCUGACCGUCGGACCUAAACAGACGAUGGGCAGAACUUUAGAGAAUGUGGCAUUAGAAAUCUGCAUGCCGAAGUGCGUUCUGAACUGCUCGCUGACCGCUAACCAGGGCAAGUACUCGUACGACCCGGUCAGCAAGGUGCUGCUGUGGGACGUCGGGCGUAUAGAGCUACCGAAGUUGCCUAAUAUUAGAGGAACUGUGUCAGUAGCGUCAGGCGCGGACACGACAGGCGCGACGCCCAGCGUGAACGUCCACUUCACGAUACCGCAGCUGGCCGUGUCCGGGCUGCGCGUCUCGCGGCUGGACAUGUACGGCGCCAAGUACAAGCCGUUCAAGGGCGUCAAGUACGUCACCAAGGCGGGCAAGUUCCACGUGCGCAUGUGAUGCGAACCCAACCCGGACCUGGCGUGGCUCUUCCUCAGGUUGCUGUGACCCGACUAAACGAGUAUGAACCUGCUAGUAUCCUUUGUAUAUGUCGCUUAACCUUUUGGACGCCAAUUACCGAUAUGUGCGCACCGUAUGCGCAUCGGUCACAGACCACAAAGCAACAUAGACAUACGUGCAUAUGCAUAAAGUUUAAUUUCAGUUUUGACACUUCGGUGACGUGGCAUCAGCGUGACAGCUUUUGUGUUUGACACUGCGUCGAAAAGGUUAACUUCAAACUUACCUUUUCUUAAUACCUUAAUACUCUUAAUACCAAUAUCGCAUAAUCUGACAUAUGAAAAUUUACCCGAGUUUGAAGUUAAGCGACAUAUACAAGUCGAGCAAGUUGAGCCGUUCAUUAACGUCAAGUACAUCACUAAGGCGGACAAGUUCAACGUGCGAAUGUGAUGAGAACCCAACCCGGACCUGGCGUGGCUCCUAAGUGUAAGUGUGGCUUGAGUGGACGCUCGGAGCGGAGCGUUCGGCGGGGCGUGCAGCGUGGCGUCGGGCUCACAAGUGAUUUAAGCAGCGCGCACUAAGGCCGCUCCUAAAUGUUUGCAUUUGUUUAACAUGCACGCCGCACUCCCCGCCCCGCUGCACGCCCAACCCAAGCGUCCACUCAGCCUUAAACUAAAUGUAAUUUCUAAGCUAUUAAUAUGUUAUGUUUCGCUUUGGCUUGGCUAGUAAAGGUCUAUUUGCCUGCUAUUCGCCCAUUAAUCUAUGUACAUAUGGACAUGGCACGCCGGCAGUCUCUUGGCGUCAUACGUUUAGAUAUCGAGUUAUACUCGUAGAUAUAGUAAUAUAAUUCGUGCCAGCAGGGAUGCACGGGGCGGGUCGACGAUGUCCAUCGUGUUUUGUGAAAUUGUAAGGUAAAUGAUGUAACUUAUAACCGCGUUAACAGUAUGCCGCGCCGCCAGCCGCCCCGCCAGUCGCUUUAGAUUUAGACCAAUCUCGUGGCCAGGCCGUUAGCCUGAAACGGAACGGAGCGGUCUUUUUAUACUUAUAAUUAGGAAAAUUGUAUAAACCGUGACGGCGAUUGGAGCUCCAUUUUGUAAAAAGGCUGUUAUUUAAAGCCUAAUCCACAACCCAACGGUGGUUAGUCAGAUGUAAAAUGAUUGAUGUUAAAGUUCAUAUAAAUAUAAUUCUACCUGUAUGUUACUGAAAUAAAAUAGAGGUUAAGAUAUUUUGAGCGUAUCAAUAGAAAUAAUUUUACAUCUGAAAAUAAAUGUAUUAGUCAAGUAAGUUACGCGGGUAAGUUCAUUUAUAAUUCAAAGGUGCGAUUCAGUCUUGGUCAGCUCUACUGAUUUGAGUAAUUUUGUAAACGUCUGUUAGAUCUACCAAGUUGUCGAUAAUCAUCCGUCAUUUUGACAUUUUGUAAUUGUUAGAGAUACACAAUUUUAUGAUACCUACGACUGGCGAGCGAGAGAUUUUCACUUUCAUGGAUAGAUAUCAAUAUUGUAUGUAGAUGGAAAGUAUAAAUAUGCAAUUUUCAUGUACUUGUUGAUUAUUAUAGUGUUAUUUAAUUUAGAUCAACAUAUUAUGUAAUCAUAAGGUGAAUGUUAUACAAUAUAUCCGAACGUAGUACUUAUUCUACAAUAAACUUAAUGUCAACUUUUUACACUAGGCGUCAAGAUACAUAUCUAGAUGUAUCUUCAUAUGGAUUUGUCGUCGCCAUAUCUGAAGCCCCCUCCAGACUAUGCGCGUGAAUCGCGGGCGAAGUUGCGAACGCGAGUUUGGAGUCGAUUUCGCUGUCUGCGAAAAUCGACGCCACACUCACGUUCGCGGCUUCGCGCCGCGAUUCGCGCACGAGUGUGGAGGAGGCUUGACACUGCAUGUAUAGUCAGUAAUAGACUUGAAGGCCAAUAAUGAUGAUGGAUUUUGUAGGCACGAAUGAUUUGUAUUCUUUCGUUUGCAAAAACUAUGUAAAUUGCUAAUUAUAACGGUUUUAUAACUUAA